AUGAAGCCUACACCUCAGAAUCAAGAGCAGCCUAAUAUGCAAAUUGAAGUCCUAGAGGCUACUUCAAGUACCCCAAUGGACCUAGUUCCUACUCAGCCCCUAAUCCUAACAACUGUUCCAAGUACCUCAGAGGCUCAUAUUUCCAAUCCCAAAUCUUGGAGGAGAUUGACCAAUAAGGCAGGUCGGCUUCAGAGACUAGAGGAAAUACCUCCUUGUGUGAAUUCUUCUUCUGGUAAAGGUUCUAGGGGUGGUGAAACUUUGACUCAGCUAAUUCCCAAGACCAUUACAGCAGAGCUGAACCAGCAACUGUUGAAACCUGAUUGGCCCCCAUAUCAUCCAGGAUCAUCUGCUCAGCAUUAUAUUGAAAGUUGUUUGAAGAACUGCAGGCUUGUUAUCCAGCCAAAUAUAACUGAGGCCAUGCAUAGAAGCGCUUCUGUUAUCUCAGUUUAUAUCAAGGCUGAAACUACUUGA